GGACAAAACCAAACCGAAUUUUGUUUUUCGAAAUCAGCUGUGCGCGGCGGACGAGUUUUGUUGUUGCUGCGCCCGGGAAGCUGCGCUGCUGAAAACGCGAAAAAUAAUACAACGCAAAAACCAAAAAAAUACAACAAAAAACGUUGCAAAUGCCGCGCCAUAAGUAACAACAAUUAAAGCAGUCAAAAGUCAAGCAACUGGAAUUGCAGUGUGCAAAUCCAAUUGGGUGUCCGAAAUUCGUAUUGAUUUUCUUGUUGGUGUGUGCGCGGGUCCGUGAAAAAAGCAACAAAAGCCAAAGCAACCACUUCCAGACUUCCCAUUCCCAAUCAGCCACUUCCUUUUCGUCCACCCAACGGUAAUCAUUGCCAAUUGGAACCGCGAUCUUUCCAUCUUUCCAGCGACAACAACAAUGUAGACAAGUCAAGUGCAAGUGUUGUUGUUGUCUGUAGUUAUAGCGUUAUUAAACAAGAUAAAGUGGGAAAGAGAGAGAGAGAGCGAGAUAGAGGCAACAACAAAAGCGAAAGUUUUCAUCCAGUGCGUAUUCGUAUUAUGUGUGUGUUUGUGCGAAAAAUGGUGGAUAAAUAUGCAUAGGCAAUAAUAAUAAAUGCAAAUCUUUGUCAAUAAGAAAAAAGGGUGUUUCUUCUGCCAAAAAAAAAAUCGCUUUAUAAAUUAUAAAUGCAGGGAGUGGCCGGCUAAGUUGGAUUUUUUCGGCUAAAAUUCAAGGCACCGAAAGCAAAAGCGACAAAAUGUGGAUACCUUCGAACAAUAAAUACGGAGUUGCCAUCCACAACUGGCAUGGCGAUGUCCGGUUUGGUUUGCCACUGGACGUCGGUGAUUCCGUGGACAUUGUGGAGGAGUGCAAGCACUGGUAUCGCGGCUCCUGUCCCCGAAAAUCGCGGGCAGUGGCUUUUCCCAAAACCUAUAUACACAUCAAGGACCUGUCCAAAAUCGAUCCCGUGGUCGCCGAAUGUACACAGGUCCUGCGAGAAUGGUCGGAGAUCUGGAAGCGCCUCUAUGUGGAUCGCGAAGCUUACAAGUUUCAAACCCUGCGAAAAGUUAUGUUUUCCAUAUUGGAAAGUCGGCGAGAACUUUUGAGUGCCACCAUGACUCAGGAUCAAACUCUGGAGCUUCAGAUGGUUGUGGUUUCGAAAAUAGAUUGGGGCAAUCGUAAACUCGGUCUGGACUUGGUGCCCAGAGAGGGACCUCUGGCGGUGGAUCCACAUGGCAUUGGCAUUGUCAAGCUCUACAGUCACGUGAGCAGUGCUGAUAACGCCAAGGCCUCAUCGAGUCGGGGAACUUUGAGGCGUAAAACGCAGCGAAAGAUCCUCACCCACCAUCUAUACUUUUGCAUGCGCGAUUUCGGCCAUCGGAUAGGUGGCGAUGAUGCAGAGGUCUACUUCUUUCUAUACGAUGGAAGUCACAUGCGACCGCUCUCGGAAAGGUUUCUGGUCAAGAUCUCCAAAGAUGGUUUCUCCAAUUACAUUGAAAGGUUGCACAGCAACUGCACGGUGUUUACUGAUCUGGGUGCCGCUGAUCUUAAUGAGGAUCUCCACCUUGUGGCCGUAGUAAUGCGCGUGGGCAAGAUCAUUCAAUCGGACUCCAUCAAGAAGAUUGAGAAGAGUGGAACCUUAGGCCAUGGACCCACCUUUCGACGUCCCUUUGGUGUGGGUGUUCUUUCCCUUGGCGACAUUGCUCAUUUUGAUAAUAGUCUGGAGCAAUCCUCCGAUGAGCGGGAGUAUAUUAAGCUGUUCCAGAGUGAGGAGAAGGACUUUCAUCUGCUGCCCGAGCUGAUUAUCAAAAGCAGUGGAAAGUACUCGCCCAUUCAGACUAGUCAGGGAACCCAAGGAUCGUUGUUUCCUGAAACUUUGCACGGUGGUUGGGACAAGCAAGCAGGAGCACCGUUGCUCUUCCAGGGCUCCACGAUUACCAGGAAGAUGGGCUUCCCGGAUGUCAUAAUGCCCGGAGAUGUUCGCAAUGAUCUCUUCCUGACUCUGGAGCGUGGAGAGUUCGAGCGCGGUGGAAAGAAUACGGGGAAGAACAUCCUCGUCACGGUUGUGGUUCUCGAUGUUACGGGCAAUGUCCUGACCGAUUGCCUCUGGGGUGCCUCCGGCAUGGACUCCCAGCCGCAGUACCGAUCCAUGAUCCUUUACCCAAAUGCUCCCAGUUGGAACGAAAUGCUGCGGCUAAGUGUGCCCAUUGAUAAGUUUGCCACGGCUCAUGUGAUUGAAUUCAGGCACUGUUCCACGAGGGAUAAGACGGAACCCAAGCUGUUUGCCUUCAGCUUUGCCAGACUCAUGGACACCGGAGGAGCCAUGGGCGAUGGUCAGCACGAGUUGUAUGUGUACAAGUGCGAGGAUCCUGCGAAACUGCAGGCUUCCAAUUAUCUUAGGUUGCAGUGCAGACCACGGGAUGCACAGGCCAAAAUGGAUUGUGGCGGUUGCUUCAGUCGUAGCUCCAAGGAGUUGUUCGUCCUGCGAUCCCUGCUCUGCUCCACAAAACUCACCCAGAAUGCAGAUCUCCUUUCGUUGCUGCAGUGGCGCACAUAUCCCGAAACGAUUCAGGAUUCGUUGACGGGAGUCCUGCGACUAAACGACGAAGAGCUGGUCAAGUUCCUGCAGGAUGUGCUGGACGCACUGUUUGCCAUGUUCUCCAAUGAGGAGGGUAACAGCACCCAGCACUCGGGCCUGGUCUUCCAUGUCCUCGUGAGCAUCUUCAGUCUGCUGCAGAGCAACAAGUUCCAACACUUUCGACCGGUGAUGAACGAGUAUAUCGAAAAUCAUUUUGCGGCCGCUUUGGUCUAUAAAGGACUCAUCACCUCCGUGGAGCACAUGGCCGUGUUUAUGACGAAGGCAGAGCACCCGGAUCCAUUUCAGAAAUUUGGUUCCCUGGAGUACAUAUUCAAGUUGCUUAUCCAGUCGAGGAAACUGUUUGCCAGGGCCACCGGUGGCCAGUAUGAGGACUCAUUCCGGCGGGACCUGCACUCCCUUUUUACGGCCCUCAAUGGAAUGCUGGCUGUGCCCUCGUACGAUGUGAUUAUACCCACCCAAGAGGCACUGCUAAAUUCCACGGGAGUGGUGCUGGAGCAGCUGAAGGACACACUGCCAGCUCCGGAAUUGGGCAUGCUGGCGAGGAAUAUGCUGGACGCCAUUCCCAGAGGCCCCAUUCGACUAAUUCAGGCGAAAUUACAUGCUGUCAAGGAUCUAGUGUCUGGGGAACUGUUCCAUGAGUCAGAUUCCCGCACUGUGGUUCUAUCCGUGGCCUGCAAGCACCUUCGCAUGCAUCUCAGUCGCCGGGAUGAACUCCGUCUCUGUGCUGAGAUUCUCUCAGAGAUUCUUAGCCAACUUCACGAUUUGCAGAAGGAGCAGCGGGAUAAGGUGACCAACACACUACAGCACGAUCUGGACUCGCUGUGCAAGAAUAUACUUGGCAUCCUCAUCCGAACUAUUAGCAUUAUAAUGGAGGGAUCCAAUGCAGUGCUGCCCCAGUUGGUCUCCUGUCUUCUGGGUUUAUUGCAGCUGCUCGACGAGACCCAUUACAAGCGCUACUGGGACGAGCUGAGUCCCAACAAAGAUCCCCGCGAUCUAAAGGAGUUCCUCAGCAAAUCCCUGCUGGUGUACGGGGAGCUGUUGACCCAGGAUUGGCAUGUGUUCCCCAACGACUUGGUAAUGAAGCUGGCCGCCAACGAUGUGCUGCGCAUGUCGCUGGAGGAGUUUGCCAAGCCUGUCUACAGAUUCCUAGGACCUCAGGCCUUCGAUUCGCAGCUGUGGUAAUACUUCAGUCUGGCUGGCUUUUUGACCCAGCCCUCCCUGCAGUUGGAGCAAUAUAGGGAGCCUAAGCUGAAGAUACUGCAUUCGAAUGGCGACAUGCGGGUGCUUAUGGGCUUCCAGAUACUCAGCAUGUGGUCGCAGCUGGGCGAGCAAAAGCUGCACUUUAUUCCUCGAUGUGGGACCAUUCCUGAGGUCACUUUGGUGCCAGAGCCCGCUCUGCGGAAGGCCACUCUCACGGUCUUUUACGACAUGAUGCAAUGCGAGCAGGCUGCCCGCGGUUCGUUCCGUCUGGUGGAGAGCGAACUGAUUGACAAGCUGGACCUGCUCAUCAGCGAGAACAAGGGUGACGACGAGUACAGGGAGCUAUUUAGCACCAUUUUGCUGGAGAAAGUCCAAGUGGAGAAUCCCAACUGGAAGGAGGCUGGCAUUGCCUUUAUAGCAUCAGUCACCCGACUUUUGGAGCGACUUUUGGACUAUCGAAGCGUCAUGCAGGGCGAAGAAAAUAGAGAUAAACGCAACUGCACCGUAAACCUCCUCAAUUUCUACAAAAACGAAAUCAAUCGAAAGGAGAUGUACUUGAGAUAUAUCUACAAAUUGCACAACCUGCACCUACAGGCGGAAAAUUACACAGAGGCUGUUACUCUAAAACUUUAUGCCUCCAUGCUGAGUUGGGAUCGGGAGACCCAGAGCUUUGCUCCCUUCGACAACAGUGGUCAACCAGAGUGGCAGCGCAAAGAGCGACUUUAUCAUGAGAUCCUCAAAUACUUCGACAAGGGAAAGUGCUGGGAGAAGGGCAUUCCGUUGUGCAAGGAACUGGCUCAGCUCUACGAAACACGUCGCUUUGACUACAACAAACUUAGUGAUAUACUCAUCCAGGAGGCCAAGUUCUUCCAGAAUAUCCUUACUCAAUUGCGACCGGAGCCUGAAUACUUCCGUGUGGGAUUCUAUGGAAUGGGAUUGCCGCUUUUUGUGCGGGUAGAACAAGCAAUUUGUUAUCGUGGACUGGAGUACGAGCGAUUGGGCUUCACACAGCGUCUACAAACUGAGUUUCCCAGUGCCCAGAUCUGGGAAAACAGUCCACCGGAUAAUGCCAUACUGAGCCCGGAUCAGUACAUACAGAUUAGCAAUGUGAGACCCGUUGGGGAUGCGCAGGCCUUGAAAACAGCAAUGGUUCCGGUGCCGGAGAAGAUCGCGUUCUAUGAGGUCAACGAUGUGACCCGGUUUAUCUACGAUCGUCUGUACAAGGGAACGGUUGACAAGGACAGAUUCAAGUCUUUAUGGAUAGAGCGCACCAUACUCGAGAUUGCCAGUCCUCUGCCGGGAAUUCUCCGCUGGUACGAGGUGAAACAGAAGACCAUGCAGGAGCUAACGCCGGUGGAGUACGCCUGCGAGAUCAUCAGCAAUGCUGGCAAGGAACUAUCCGAGUUGAUUGUGCAGUACAAACGUGAUCCGAAGAGGAAUAUUAAUCCCUUCUCGAUGCGUCUGCAGGGCACAAUUGAUGCCAAUGUCAUGGGCGGCAUAAGCAAGUACCAGGAGGCCUUUUUCUCCGAGCAGUUCCUCAAAUCGCCUCAGGGUGCUGGCCAGCAGGCAAAUGUGCAGAGACUAAAGGUGUUGAUCCUAGAGCAGAUUCAGAUUCUGGAGCGCCUGGAGCUGCAUGGCCAGUUGGCGCCCAGUGGUGUCCAACCGCUGCACAAUCGUCUCUUAGAGCGCUUUUCCCAGCUGAAGCAGAGUUUAUCCGGCAUGGGCAGGCUGAAACGACAGCAUUCGGAGAGCAUUGUAAACACUCCGCUGCCACCGUUGCCCACGGAGCAGCGAGUGGCUCAGGCAACAGCUUCCACCAGCUUGAGUGCCAACUCCCACUAAUAUGUAUAUGAUCUGGACGAGAUCUACACGAGACCGGGAGACACUCUACGGCCCGUCGAUCCACUCAGCUCCUAUCAAACGCUGAGCAAAGAGAGCCUCAGUAUUCCCCUGGAGGAUGCUGCAGCUCCACCAGUACCAAAUCGACCACGGUCGCAGAACUUUAUGGGCAAUGGAUCCAUUGAUAGCCCUGAAGUUCCGCCCAAGCGUCAGCCGACAGUGAAUUCCCCCAAUGCGCCACCGUUGCCACCGGGGUAUUACCCCGAUAAGAGGGCAUCUAAUCCAAUGAUAUUCAACGACUUUGGCACCGCCGAUUCGGUGGGUCGUCGUCACUCGCAGCAGCAGCAGCAGCAUGCAAAGUACUCCGUGGUGGACAUCAGCUACGACGAUCCGGAGGCUGAUCAGCCCCAUUCGUUGCCCCCGAACUUUCAGGACGGAAGCGGAGGUCACCUCAGCGUCUUUGCCCCCAAUGACUUCCGGGACUCGGGCAUCUCGACGACCAGCUCCAGGGAACUGAACCACAUGAAUCUCAACAACCUGAGCGAGGACUCCUCAUCGAUUUCGGCCAUCACAGUGCAGCAUCGGGAGCACUGUCGCAUCAGCAGUAAUGGUAGUUUGGAUUACAACGCCACCGCUUCGAUGAACAUCACACAACGGGAGAGUUCGGCGAGUUCGUUCGAUGUCGAGGAUUUCCCAGUGCCACCGCCGCCCAUUCCGCCGAAAUCCUUGGCCGUGUCGAGCAAUGGGGUUAGCAUUGCGGACGAUGAGGCCCACUCACCGCAUCCCAGCACACAAGCGCACACCACACAACAUAACAGUCAGAAUCAAAAUCAUUCCACAAACAGUCACCAUAAUCAGCAGCAGCAGAAUGGAGAUGGCGAUGGUUAUAGCGUGCUGCAGCACCAGGUCAAUGGCCUGGGGCUAGCUACUCUUCCACAACCGCCUGUUGCAGCUGCUGCUGUUGAGGCACCACUACCACUUCCGGUAUCUGCAAUCGCCUCAUCCUCAUCUAGUCAUCAGCACGAUGGCGGCACUUUUUGAGUUACAAUAUGUCGCUGCCAUCAUCCACCUGAUCAGCCUCAUCAGCCACACAAGCCAUCCUCAUCCACAUCGACCUCGGACAGCACGGCCACGGAUACGGCUUCGGAAUCCACAGAGUCCAGUUCGUCGACCCACUCGAUGACGCCGCCACCACCGCCUCCUCCGCCGCCAGUCACAGUUCAUCAUCAGCAGAUGCCGGCCACACCUCACUACUGCCAGGACUGUCUGUCCUCGCCAUCGCCACCACCCACAAUCAUCACAGAGCAGGCCCAAGUGCAUGCCAUGCCGGGAAUGACCACUCCCCAGCCCCACAUCGAGCACUGCUCGUGUGGGCUGAGUUUCUCGGUGGUGCAGGAUCAGCAGGAUCAGCUCGGUCCCAGGCUGCUCUCCUCGAGGUUCUCCACACUGGAGCGGCAGACCGAUGGCUUUCAAGUGGAACGGGUAUCCGGCUGCCAGCAUCAUCAUCACCAGCAGAGUCCCAUCUACCAUCUCCCCCAAGGCAGUCAGGAUGCACAUGCUCAGACGGAUUUCUCCUACGCGCAGCGCUAAAAGAUAUAUCUAUAUAGUCCAAGUGGGGGAGUCUUUGCGACCCACAGAGAGUGAGAUUGAAUUUCGCUUAGUUUUUUAACCUUAUUGUUUACCUAUGUUUUUAGAAAUGCUCUCCAUAGAACCCCCCACGUUCGUUUUGAACUACUUUUACUCUAAUUAUUUUUGGUGCCAAAUUUUUGCUGCAAGUCCAAAGCGCAAUAUAAACAAAUGUUGUAAUGAUAGGUUGCUAUACAAUUUUAUUAAUUUUAAUAUUAAUUUUAUUUAACAUUUACAUUUAUAUUUAUACGGGAAUUGUCGCUAAAGUUACUAAGAAUAUUUAUUUAAGAGAAUAAAGAUGAACACAUUUUUAUAAAGAACGAGAAUAUCAAAUACUAAAACCAAAAUACAGAACGCUAAUCAAAAACGAACUACGCAAAAUAUAUACACUGAAAACCAAGCAGGACACCGACAAAAUGUGCAAUGCAGUUUUUACUUUAACGAAGAACAUAGCCGUAUACACAAAAAUUGACAUAUAUACACUCGACUAUUACAUAUAUAUGCGAAAAGCAAUUAGGAAUUUUAAAGUGCUACUAGCUUCAUAACGAAUCAAAUAAGUUUUCCAUUUUUGUAAA